UAUCUCUUUCUUUUGUUUCAAACUUUUUUAUCUUCUUUGUUAGACCAGUGAGUGAUUCUAGUCCGUUGGAUUAUCAAUUAUUGAGUCAAUAAAACUAAAAUCUUAAAUUGCCUAAGUGAAAGAAAAAUAAUUCUUCUCUGUUUUGGCUAUAAAUAAAGCAUAUACUGUUCCAAAACAGAACAAAAAAAUCUAAAAUCUCACCACUAAACCAAUCUUUCUUACACAAAGAAAGAAAAUGCAGGGAGCGCUUUACAUCAAACCAACCAUUCUACUUCCUCUUCCUUCUUCAGUUUCUUCUCCAAAGCUCAGUCUUCUUCUUCCUCACGCAACUAAAGCUUCAAGACUCUCAUCUCUAAGAUCAAACAACACAUCAUCAUCUCCUUCAACAUCUGAUCCUAACACCGUCGACUACAACUCCUCCAUCCUUUCUGUUUUCCCAGCUGAAGCAUGCGAAGUAAUCAGCGGAUACGCUUGUUCUGCUGACAUUUACCCUGAAGUAAAGCUCGAAUCAAAGCCCGUCUCACGUCCCGUUGUUUCAGAGCAUGUUGACAGAGAAUACGAAGAGUAUAACAACACCAAAACCGUCUUCCGCGAAGAGGCCUGCGAUGAUCUUGGUGGAGAAUUCUGUGAACCUGACUAUCAAAAAGAUGCCAACUAGAAGAAACAAGAUUUUUUUUAUGUGAUGUUGUGAAUAUGUGUUUUGUAUCUUACAAAGUCUCUAUAGCCCCCUUAAUCUAUGAAAUCUAGCUUCUUACUAGCUAAAUCAAGAUUGAACUUAUGAAUCA